AUGAAAAUAAAGAGUAAAUACACGUAUGCAUUUUUUGUUCUUUUGAUUGUAUUUAAUUUGCUGUCAAAAAACAAUAAUGUAUUUUGUGAUGAUGACCCAUCAAAAGUGAAUGGAGGAGGUGGUCCUAAACCAUAUGUAAAAAGAGAUGUUGAUAUGAUAAGUGAAAUUGAUGAAAAUGAAAAACCAACAUCAGGCAUAGAAAAUCAUCAAUACCAAUCAGAGGUUACAAGAUUAUUGGAUAUUAUAAUUAAUUCAUUAUAUACUCAAAAAGAUGUAUUUAUGAGAGAAUUAAUAUCAAAUUCUGCUGAUGCAUUAGAAAAAAUUCGAUUUUUAUCACUAUCAGAUGAAAGUGUAUUAAACGAUGAAAAAAAAUUAGAGAUAAGAAUAUCAGCUAAUAAAGAUAAAAACAUAUUGUCUAUUACUGAUACUGGUGUAGGUAUGACUAAAGACGAUUUAAUAAAUAAUUUAGGUACAAUUGCAAAAUCUGGUACUUCAAAUUUUUUAGAAACAAUUUCUAAAAGUGGAGGUGAUAUGAGUUUAAUUGGACAAUUUGGUGUUGGAUUUUAUUCUGCAUUUUUAGUUGCUGAUAAAGUUGUUGUAUAUACCAAACAUAAUAAUGAUGAACAAUAUAUAUGGGAAUCAACAGCAGAUGCUAAAUUUUCUAUUUAUAAAGAUCCAAGAGGUGCAACUUUAAAAAGAGGUACAAGAAUAUCAUUACACUUAAAAGAAGAUGCUACCAACUUAUUAAAUGAUAAAAAACUAACUGAUUUAAUAUCUAAAUAUAGUCAGUUUAUACAAUUCCCAAUAUAUUUAUUAUAUGAAAAUGUAUAUACUGAAGAAGUACUUGCAGAUAUAGCUAAAGAGAUGGAAAAUGAUCCAAAUUAUGAUAGUGUAAAGGUUGAGGAAUCUGAUGACCCAAAUAAAAAAACACGAACUGUCGAAAAAAGAGUAAAACAAUGGAAAUUAAUGAAUGAGCAAAAACCAAUUUGGCUUAGACCACCUAAAGAAUUAACAGAAGAAGAUUAUAAAAGUUUUUAUUCUAUAUUAACAGGUUACAAUGAUGCACCAUUAUAUCAAAUUCAUUUUUUUGCAGAAGGUGAAAUAGAAUUUAAAUGUUUAAUUUAUAUCCCAUCUAAAGCCCCAUCAAUUAAUGAACAAAUGUUUAGUAAACAAAGUUCAAUAAAAUUAUAUGUAAGAAGAGUUUUAGUAGCAGACCAAUUUGUUGAUUUUAUGCCCAAAUAUAUGAGUUAUGUUAAGGGUAUAGUUGAUAGUGAUGAUUUACCACUUAAUGUUUCAAGAGAACAAUUACAACAAAAUAAAAUAUUAAAAGCUAUCUCUAAAAGAAUUGUUAGAAAGAUUUUAGAUACAUUCCGUAAAUUAUAUUUAGAUGGAAAAAAAAAUAAAGAUUCAUUAAGAGAACAAUUAGAAAAGGAAACUGAUGAAGAUAAAAAAAAAGAAAUUCAAAAAAAAUUAAAUGAACCAAGUGUAUAUAAAUCAAUUUAUAAAGAAUAUAGAAAAUUUUUCAAAAGUGGAUGUUAUGAAGAUGAUCUUAAUAGAUCUAAAAUUGUUAAAUUACUUUUAUUUAAAACUAUGCAUCACCCCAAAAGUAUUUCUUUAGAUACUUAUGUUGAAAAUAUGAAACCUGAUCAAAAAUUUAUCUAUUAUGCAUCUGGUGAAUCCUAUGAAUAUUUAUCUAAAAUUCCACAAUUACAAAUUUUUAAAAAAAAAAAUAUAGAUGUUUUAUUUUUAACUGAAUCAGUAGAUGAAUCUUGUAUACAAAGAGUUGAAGAUUAUGAUGGAAAAAAAUUUAAAUCUAUUCAAAAAGGUGAAAUAACAUUCGAUUUAACAGAAGAAGAGAAAAAGAGAGAAGAAAAAGUUAAAAAAAUGUAUACUGCAUUAAUAGAUGUUAUAUCUAAUACAUUAAGAAACAAAAUAUUUAAAGUUGAAAUUUCACGAAGAUUAGUUGAUGCACCAUGUGCUGUUGUAUCAACAGAAUGGGGUUUAUCUGGACAAAUGGAAAAAUUAAUGAAAAUAAAUAUUAAUAACCCUGAUCAAAUUAAAGCAAUGUCAGGACAAAAAAUUUUAGAAAUUAACCCAGACCAUCCAAUUAUGAUUGAUUUAUUAAAAAGAUCUGUAGAAAAUCCAAAAGACCCACAAUUAAUAGAAAGUAUUAGAGUUAUUUACCAAUCAGCAAAAUUAGCAUCUGGUUUUGAUUUAGAAGAUACAUCAGACUUAGCUCAAAUUGUAUAUGAUCAUAUUAAUCAAAAAUUAGGAGUAGAUAAUACUAUAAAAAUUGAUGAUUUGGAUCCAGCCAUUUUUGAAACUAAAAAAAUCGAUGACGAAAAUAUUGAAGAAAUAAAUAUUGAUGAUGCAAUAAACAAAGGUGACUCAAAAAAUGAUGAAUUAUAA